GUUACAAGUAGGACAAUUGCCGUUGACGCUACUCCUGUUUUACUCAAUCGUUUGCCCGGAAUAGGAACAUCAUCGAAUUGACAGUGGUUUGAUAUAUCAAGCUGAUGCCGAUGCAAUCAUUAUUAGAAUUUAGAUGUUAAAAUGGCAAGAAACGAUCAAAAUACGGAAAAGGAGCGAGGCCAAACUAAUGGCUUUCCUGAAGAAAAGGUGGUCCUUCGGAAGGAGGUGUCCCUGAUCGACUGCGUUGCCUUAACGGCUGGGACCAUCGUAGGGUCUGGAAUCUUCAUCUCCCCGAAAGGUGUUUUGCAGAACUCUGGUCAGAGCGUUGGCAUUUCCUUGUUAAUCUGGGUGAUCUGUGGCGUUCUCUCUGUCAUGGGGGCACUCAGCUACGCGGAGCUUGGAACCACUUUCAUCAAGUCUGGCGGUGACUUUACUUUCCUCAACGAGGGAUUCACGCCUUUACUCGGGUUCCUUCGGCUCUGGACAUCGAUGCUUGCCGUCAGGACCGGAGCUUGGACUGUGCUCUCAAUCACGUCCGCUAAGUACAUGCUGGCGCCAUUCUUUUACGGAUGCAUGGAUCAUCCCAUCAUCGUCGAGAGGCUCCUUGCAGCAUGUGUGUUGAGUGUUGUCUUCUACGUGAAUUGUGCUAGUGUUACAUGGAGUAGACGUGUUCAGGUUGUCUUCAGUGUGGCCAAGUAUAUAGCCAUAUUCAUCAUCAUCAUCUCUGGCCUCGUGGUUAUUUUCCAAGGUCACACGGAAAACUUUUCGAACGCGUUUUCAAGUUCCGAAGAUGCCGAUUUUACCAAGCUACCUCUUGCCAUCUAUUCAUCUCUCUUCGCAUAUGCUGGCUGGCAAUACCUCCCCCAGAUUACAGAGGAAAUAAAGAACCCUGCUCGGAUUCUUCCUCUAGGGAUGGUCAUCUCUAUGUCGAUUGUAUCAACGGUCUAUAUCCUUACCAAUGUGGCUUACUUCGCUGUCCUCACACCUUCAGAGAUUCUCUCAUCAAAUGCAGUCGCAGUGGACUUUGCUCAACGUGUCCUUGGUUCGUUCUGGUGGCUCAUACCGAUCGGGGUGUCCAUCUCCUGUAUCGGAGCGAUCAAUGGCGGGCUAUUUUCUUCUUCCAGAAUGUUGUUCGUAGCAUCUCGCGAGGGACAUCUGCCUAAGAUCGCGGCCAUGAUACACAUCAAGCGUUACUCCCCGCUUCCGGCGGCUGCUGUCAUGCUUCCAAUAUGUCUCCUGAUGCUAACCAGUGACAACGUCUACGCCCUUCUCAACUUCUUGAGUUUCUCCCGAUGGGCUUUCAUUGCUCUAUCAGUGGCCAUUAUACCGUAUCACAGAUGGAAGUACCCAGAUCACCAUAGAUCCUUCACGAUACCUGUCAUCAUACCGGUCCUCUUCUCGUUUUGCGCUCUCUUUGUGGUUAUUAUGUCCCUCUACUCUGCACCUUUUGAUUGUGGUGUUGGCUUGGCCAUUACCAUUGCUGGUAUUCCCAUCUACCUGUUAGGGGUUCGUUGGCAGAACAAACCUGAUUGGAUGAUUCACAGUUCAAGAAAGUCAACCGUCUUUCUACAAAAGCUUCUCUUCGUCAUCCCACAGGAAGAAAAAACAUGCUGAAGAUCUGGAAGGAACAUUGUGAUCUAGCUGUAUGAGAGUUAGGCAUGUUGUUUUAUUGCAGAGGUUCUGUGGAAUAAAUGGGAAAUAAUAUAAUCGGAUGGAAUCAUACUAGUAUUCUAAUUGAAUUGAAUCAAAUCAGACAAAUACAAGAAUAAACAGUACAAACAAAUGAUUACGUAAUGAAUACCUGAAAAUGACAGUUUUGGGGCCCCUAAAGAAACAAAGCUUGUAAUCAGAGGCCCUUGUAAAUGAUAUUAUACUCAAACAUGAUACAACUAAGAGAAAAACUAUUCUCAAGGUAUUUGUAUAAAGAGCAUAUUUAGCAGACAGUAGACAAUUUGAUAGUCAAAUUCUGUUCUUAUUGUUUGAAGAUAAAAUCAGGUGUACCGCAUGGAUCGAUGUUAGGUCCGUUGAUAUUUUGCAGUUUUUAAAUCUAUGACAUGUGUGAUAAAAAUUUGAAUUUCAGUUGUAAAAUUUCCCUUAACAUGCUGAUGAUACAUUAUUGUGAAACAAUCGGUGGGAUCAGUAUUGCGUUCUUGAGGGUAUAUAGAAUACUAUAUAAUAUAUUAUUAUCUAGUCUCCUCUAGCUUCAAAAGCAAGGACAGAAUGUAAAAGAAAUCUAUUUACAUAUUUGUUGUAUCCACAUUGUUUAAUGCACUUCCUCUAUUCUCAGACUUGUUUAAUUAUGUUUACUUAGCAAGCAAAGUCAAAUAUCUUUAUUCGAUUGGACUAGUUUAUUAUCCAUGACUUUCACAUUUAUAUUUAUAUUUAUCCACUCUCAAUGUUUGUUGUUAAUUGUAAAUGUUGCCAUAUUGUUAACCAUUUUGUUUUAUAUUUAUUCAAAUGGAUAUUUGUUAAGCUGCAGGGCGCCUUUGUAAAGCAGUAUAUAAAAUUGAACAGACUAAUUAACUCUGCAGCAUAAAAGGAAUAUUGAAAAUAAAUGAAUGCAUGAACUGAC